GUCACGCUGUGUUUUUCACCCGUUGGUAGCAAGCUGCGCGUCCGCAGCAGGAGGUUCCCCGCCAUCGUCAGCUGCACGGCCAUAGACUGGUUCCAGGAGUGGCCACGGGAGGCCCUGGAGUCCGUCAGCCUUCGCUUUCUGCGAGAAACAGACGCCGUGGAGGAUUCGGUGAAAGAGUCAAUAAGCAAAUUCAUGGCCUAUGUCCACACAAGUGUCAACGAGAUAUCCCGACUGUACCUGAGCAAUGAGCGACGAUACAACUACACCACUCCGAAGUCAUUCCUGGAGCAAAUCAAACUCUACCAGAAUUUGCUGCUGAAGAAGGGCAAGGAGUUAAAAGCAAAAAUGGAGCGGCUGGAGAAUGGCCUGGAGAAGCUCAACAGCACGUCUGCACAGGUGGAUGAGCUGAAGGCCAAGCUGGCAGCCCAAGAAGUGGAGCUGAAGCAGAAGAAUGACGAUGCUGACAAGCUGAUCCAGGUGGUGGGGGUGGAGACUGAGAAAGUGAGCAAGGAAAAGGCAGUCGCUGAUGAGGAGGAGCAGAAAGUGGCACUUAUCACCCAGGAGGUGGAGCAGAAACAGAAGGACUGUGAAGAGGACCUGGCCAAAGCUGAGCCUGCCCUGGCAGCUGCGCAAGCCGCCCUGAACACCCUCAACAAGAAGAAUCUGACAGAGCUGAGGUCCUUCGGGUCGCCGCCUUCAGCCGUCAGUAACGUCACCGCGGCCGUGAUGGUGCUGACGGCUCCGGGAGGAAAGAUUCCCAAGGACAGGAGCUGGAAAGCCGCGAAAGUCGCCAUGGCCAGGGUGGAUGGCUUCCUGGACUCCUUGAUCAAGUUUGACAAGGAGAACAUCCACGAGAACUGCCUCAGAGCCCUUCAGCCUUAUUUACAAGAUCCCAAGUUUAAACCCGAAUUCGUGACCACCAAGUCCUCCGCCGCGGCCGGGCUCUGCUCCUGGGUGGUGAACAUCGUGCGUUUCCACGAGGUGUACUGCGACGUGGAUCCGAAGCGGCAGGCUCUGAGCAGAGCCAACGCCGAGCUGGCAGCUGCCCAGGACAAGCUGGCCACCAUCAAGGCCAAAAUCGCCCGCCUCAAUGAGAACCUGGGAAAGCUCACAGCCAAGUUUGAGAAGGCCACUUCAGACAAACUGAAAUGUCAGCAAGAAGCUGAAGCUACAGCGUGUACCAUCGCUCUUGCAAAUCGACUGGUUGGGGGACUUGCCUCUGAGAACGUGAGAUGGGCUGAAGCUGUGAAGGGCUUCAAACAGCAACAGAGCACCUUGUGUGGAGAUGUCUUGCUGAUCACGGCCUUCGUCUCCUACCUGGGCUACUUCACCAAGAAAUACCGUCAAGACCUUCUGGACGGAAUCUGGAAGCCCUAUUUACACCAGCUAAAAGUGCCAAUCCCUGUAACUCCAUCCCUCGAUCCCCUGACCAUGCUGACAGAUGAUGCUGACGUGGCGGCGUGGCAGAACGAGGGCCUGCCAGCUGAUCGGAUGUCCACCGAAAACGCCACCAUCCUCACCAGCUGCGAGCGCUGGCCCCUCCUGGUGGAUCCCCAGCUGCAGGGUAUCAAAUGGAUCAAAACGAAGUACGGCGAAGACCUCCGAGUGAUCCGGACUGGGCAGAAGGGGUUUUUGGACACGAUGGAACGAGCCCUGGCUGCAGGAGAACUGGUUUUGAUUGAAAACCUGGAGGAAUCCGUGGAUCCAGUUUUGGGGCCAUUACUGGGGCGAGAAACAAUCAAGAAAGGAAGGUAUAUUAAAAUUGGGGACAAGGAGUGUGACUUCAACCCUGCUUUCCGUCUCAUCCUCCACACAAAGCUGGCGAACCCUCAUUUCCAACCCGAGCUGCAGGCACAGUGCACCCUCAUCAACUUCACCGUCACGCGAGACGGCUUGGAGGACCAGCUGCUCGCGGCGGUGGUCAACAUGGAGAGGCCUGACUUGGAAGGGCUUAAGUCGGAUCUCACAAAGCAACAGAAUGGAUUCAAAAUCACCUUGAAAACGUUAGAGGACAACUUGCUCUCUCGGCUGUCAUCAGCAUCUGGGAACUUCCUGGAAGACACAGCGUUGGUGGAGAACUUGGAGAUCACUAAACAGACAGCUGCAGAAAUUGAAGAGAAGGUCCAGGAGUCUAAGGUGGCAGAAGCCAAGAUUAACGAGGCCAGAGAGCACUACAGGCCUGCCGCCGCGCGGGCAUCUCUGCUGUACUUCACCAUGAACGACCUCCAUGCCAUCCAUCCCAUGUACCAGUUCUCUCUGAAGGUGUUCAGCAUCGUGUUUCAGAAAGCCAUUGAGAGGGCACCUCCAGCUGAGAGCCUCACAGGGCGCGUGCUGAACCUCAUCGACAGCAUUACCUUCUCCGUGUUCCAGUACACAACCCGGGGGUUGUUUGAGUGUGAUAAAUUGACCUACACUGCUCAAGUUACCUUCCAGAUACUCCUGAUGAGUAAAGAAAUCAACACAGCAGAACUGGAUUUCCUACUAAGAUACCCAGCACAGACCAGAGUCACAAGCCCUGUGGAGUUCCUGUCUAAUCACUCCUGGGGAGGAAUCAAGGUAUCUGCUUCACUUGAACUGUGA